UCGUUGAGUCAGUGGCUUGAAACUUUUAAAAGCUCUGUGCUCCAAUUAGAAAAAAGCUUUUACGAGGUAUCAGCACUUUUCUUUCAUUAGGGGGAAGGAGUGAAGAAAGUACCAAGCAGCAGCAGACUUUUAAACUUUAAAUAGACAGGUCUGAGUGCCUGAACUUGCUUUUUCAUUUUACUUCAUCCUCCAAGGAGUUCAAUCACUUGGCGUGCCUACUUCUUUUAAGAGAAAGAGUGGUGCUCUGGCAACAUGGGUGACUGGAGUGCCUUAGGCAAACUCCUUGACAAGGUUCAAGCCUAUUCCACCGCUGGAGGGAAAGUGUGGCUGUCUGUCCUUUUCAUUUUCCGAAUCCUGCUACUGGGGACGGCGGUUGAGUCGGCCUGGGGUGAUGAGCAGUCUGCCUUUCGUUGUAACACUCAGCAACCUGGUUGUGAAAAUGUCUGCUAUGACAAAUCCUUCCCAAUCUCUCACGUACGUUUCUGGGUCCUCCAGAUCAUAUUUGUGUCUGUCCCCACACUGUUGUACCUGGCUCACGUGUUCUACGUGAUGCGCAAGGAAGAGAAACUGAACAAGAAAGAGGAAGAACUCAAAGUUGCCCAAACGGAUGGUGUCAAUGUGGAGAUGCACUUGAAGCAGAUUGAAAUCAAGAAAUUCAAGUAUGGUAUUGAAGAGCACGGCAAGGUGAAAAUGCGAGGGGGCCUGCUGCGAACCUACAUCAUCAGCAUCCUCUUCAAGUCUGUCUUUGAGGUGGCCUUCUUGCUGAUCCAGUGGUACAUCUAUGGAUUCAGCCUGAGUGCCGUUUACACCUGCAAAAGAGAUCCCUGCCCUCAUCAAGUAGACUGCUUCCUCUCUCGUCCCACAGAGAAAACCAUCUUCAUCAUCUUCAUGCUGGUAGUGUCCUUGGUGUCUCUUGCCUUGAACAUCAUCGAACUCUUCUAUGUCUUCUUCAAGGGUGUUAAGGAUCGUGUGAAGGGGAAGAGUGAUCCUUACCAUGCUACCACUGGCCCACUGAGCCCCUCAAAAGAAUGUGGAUCUCCGAAAUAUGCCUACUUCAAUGGCUGCUCCUCACCAACUGCUCCACUCUCACCCAUGUCUCCUCCUGGGUACAAGCUGGUCACCGGAGACAGAAACAAUUCUUCUUGCCGCAAUUACAACAAACAAGCAAGUGAGCAAAACUGGGCUAAUUACAGUGCAGAACAAAAUCGAAUGGGGCAGGCAGGAAGCACCAUCUCCAACUCCCAUGCACAGCCUUUUGAUUUCCCUGAUGACAACCAGAAUUCCAAAAAACUAGCUACUGGGCACGAACUGCAACCACUAGCCAUUGUGGACCAGCGACCUUCCAGCAGAGCCAGCAGCCGUGCCAGCAGCCGACCUCGGCCUGAUGACCUGGAGAUCUAGAUCCAGGCUUGAGAGCAUCGAGAUUCUGCUCACUUGUGGAGAAGAGAAAAGGUGCUGUCGAAAGUGCACCUUAGGUGUUCAUUUUGUUCCAUUGCAGGUGGUACUCAACAGCCUUCCUCAUGAGGCUUAGAAAACACAAAGACAUUAGAAUACCUAGGUUCAUUGGGGGUAUUUGGGAUAGGUGGGUGGAGAGGGAGGGGAUAAGGGAGGUACAUGUUGGUAUUUAAUGUAGUUGAUUCAAAGAACUGUAGUUCUAAAUAUAAGUUGCAUUAGGUGAUACAUAGCUAAGGGCUUUUUCUCCCCCCACACACCCCUAAGAAUAGUUCUGUGUAUGUGAAAGAGUGGGUGAUAUUUUUGGAUAAGUACUUUUUUUAUUCUACCAUGAAACUGAAAUAACUUUGACCAGGAAAAAAAAAAAAAAAAUGCUUCCUGGACAUCUUGUUUCUUUUUAUCAAGAAAAAGUUGGAGGAUUGUCCUUAUGUCCCUGCUAAAACAUUCCAUUGUUAAAAUUUGCACUUUGAAGGUAAGCUUUCUAGGCCUGACCCUCCAGGUGUCAGUGGACUUGAGAUACUAUAUUUGUUAUUCUUGGUAUCAGUUAAAAGUCCAGACAAGGCCCACAGAAAGAGACUUUCCAUCGCAUUUUCAAAUCUCGGCCAGUCAUAUGGACGUUAUUUCUUUUACAUCUAGUUGUGACAUGUAACUGCCAUCACUUUUUCAUCAUUCCUCAGCUACUAUUCACAUUCAUUUAGUGGUUUCUGUAAACAUUUUGAAAACAGUUGGGAUGUCACUUAACAUUUUUUGAAUUAGAGUCAGGGAAGCAAGCCAUGCUCAAUAUUUAACAAUCACUUAUAUGUGUAAGUGUGUGGAAGAGUGUGUUUUAUUCGUCAUAUAUUGGUACAAGCAGAUGCAGUAUAAACUCACAAAUACAGAUUUGAAAAUAAUGCAUACACAGUGUUCAAAUUUGAGCCUUUCUCAUGGAUUUUGUGGUGUGGGCCAAUAUGGUGUUUACAUUCUAUAAUUCCUGCUGUGCAAGUAAAGCACACUUUUUUUUCCCCCCAAGUGGUUUUUUUUUUCCCCCAUGUAUCCUAUUAUGGAUACUGGUAUUGUUAAUUAUGAUUUUUUUUCCUUUUUCUCUUUUUUUAGAAUAUAGCAGUAAUGCUAUUGCUGAAAUGAAUGAUUUUCUUUCUCUGAAGUGUAAUCAUGAAUGCUUGAAUGAUAGAAUUUUAGUACUGUAAACAGGCUUUAGUAAGUAAUGUGAGACACUUAGAAGAAAUGCUUAGAGUGGGCUUUUAAGUGUGCCUAAAUGAAUUUCGCAGUAACUGGUAUCCUUGGUUUUGUCCUACUUAAUACACAUUAGUUCAGAACUUGUAUUCUGUUAUGAGUUUGACAGUCUUUUGGAGUGAGCAGCAACUUUGAUGUUUGCACUAAGACUUUAUUUGGAAUGCAAGAGAGGUUGACAAGAGGUUUCAGUAGUACACAUGUAACUAAUUUAUUUGAAAUCUACCCGAAAGAAAUCUACCAGUUUCUUCAAAUGUCUUCUUAAAACUCAUCAGAGAGGAUUCAUGAAAAUGCAGAGCAUCAUACUUUUUCUUCUUGCGUGUCAGCUACAUAAACAGUUUUGUACAAUGAAAAAUACUAAUUGGUUUGACAUUCCAUGUUAAACUACUGUUACGUUCAGCUUCGUUGCAUGUAAUGUAGACCUUGUCCAUCAGAUCAUGUGUUCUGGAGAGUGUUCCUUAUUCAAUAAAGUUUUAAUUUAGUAUAAGGAGA